UGUGCGCAUGAAUCAAGGGUUUAGAUUCGGUGGGUGGCAGACGCAUUAGAAAGGGUUUAUCUAUAGAUAUAUCUGAGCUAACAGCCUUGUUCAUUCUUCUUUUUUGUUGCUACUACUAUUAGCUUCUGCUGUUCCUUAUCCAGCUACUUCUUCUUCUUCAUGGAUAAAUGCUUAAUACCUAAGUGGCCUGAAGAGGCUCCCCAUCAUCCACUUAAUAGAAGACCCUUUGGUGGCCUUGCAUGGCCACCACCACCUCUUCCUUAUACUUCUACCUCACUCCAUGCUCAUCAUAGUUUUCCUUUCUCAUCUAUCUCCGCCGAAGCUACAGCCGAAGAUAGAGCGACGGCAGCUUCCAAGAGCCACAGCCAAGCCGAAAAGCGCCGUAGGGAGAGGAUCAAUGCUCACCUUGCCACCCUCCGGAAACUCAUCCCUCAAUCUGAUAAGCAGAUGGACAAGGCUACCUUAUUAGGCAGCGUGAUUGAACAUGCCAAGGAUCUAAAGACAAGGGCAGCUGAGAUUAGUAAGACCUUUCUAGUCCCUAACGAAGUUGAUGAAGUAACUAUAGAUGAUUGUGAAGAAACUCCAGAGACCAUGAACAAUAACAAGGAAGGGAACAUCUUCAUCAAGGCAUCUAUCUGUUCUGAAGAUAGACCUGAACUUUUUAUGGAUAUUAUAGAAGCCAUCAAAGGCUUGAAGCUAACUACAGUAAAGGCAGACAUGGCCACUGUGGGUGGUAGGGUUAUAAAUAUUAUGAUCCUCAGUGCCAAGAAUUAUGACAAGGGUAGUAAUAGCUUAAACUCCCUCAAACAGACUCUCAAGGUAGUUUUAACUAGAAUUGCUUCAUCUCCGGCGGCAUCGAUGAAUGCUCGUGCAAGCAAGAGGCAAAAGAUCUUGUUACCAUCAUAUUACUCAGAUCAGUCUCACUCUCAGACCCUUUAAACCAUUAAACCUAGCUAUAGCCAGCUCUCCUUAAAUGCUUACUACAUAUUUGAUUUUAUAUAGUUGUGGGUUGUUUCAAAAGAUGAAUAAUACUUUUAACUCUCUAGGUUAUUUUAUGUUACUGGUUCUGCUUAUGAUCGUUGUUGUAGCUAUAUCUUUGAUGAAUAAAGAUAGAGUUUGUGGAGAA